AUGCGUGUAUUCAUCACCGGUGCUUCAGGCUUUAUCGGAAAAGCCGUCACCAAGGAACUUCUCGGCGCAGGACACACCGUCGUAGGCCUCGCUCGCUCCGACAGGGCAGCAGAGGAACUGGUUGCUGUUGGAGCCGAUGUAAAGAGAGGCUCCCUCACCGACUUGAACAUCCUCAGGGAGGGGGCAUCUGCAUCAGAUGGUGUUAUUCACCUAGCAUUUAUCCAUGAUUUUGCCAACUACGAGCGAACCUGUCAGACGGACCGGGAGGCCAUUCAAGCCAUGGGUGACGUUCUUGCCGGGUCGAGCCGUCCUCUGAUAAUCACAUCUGGGACUAUGUUGCUCCCUCAUGGUCGCCUCGGGACUGAAGAUGACUUAUUUGACUCUUCGUCGCCCACUUUCGCCGCUCGAGGGCUGUCCGAGGAGUUAACUAAAGGUCUCGCUUCUAGGGGUAUCCGUACAGUAAUCAUGCGGCUUGCCCCAGUCAACCAUGGUGACGGUGAUAACCACAUGUUCAUUUCCACUCUCGUUGCUACUGCUCGUGAGAAAGGCGUCUCCAUCUAUGUCGGUGAUGGGCUCAACUGCUGGCCAGCGGUCCACUGUUUAGACACGGCUGUUGCUUAUCGACUGGCUCUGGAAAAGGCAACCGCUGGCUCAACAUUCCAUGUCGUUGCAGAGGAAGUCAAGAUGAAGGAUAUCGCCCAAACCAUUGGGAACAAACUUGGCGUCCCCGUGCAGUCAAAGUCUAUACGAGAGACCCAAGAACACUUUGGUCCAUUUAGUCUUGUCGUGGGCGCUGACAAUCCUAUCUCCAAUCAAAAGACUCGACAAGAGCUAGACUGGAAUCCUCAGCAACGUGGACUUCUUGCUGAUCUUCAAGAUGGAGAAUAUUUUCAAGUUUGA